AUGGAAACGUUUUAUGAGAACAGUGUGAUCACAGGAGAAGUUCAAGCCAUUCUCCACGGGGAUGUGAUUUGCUACUGCCAUCCGAUAUUUCCGAGUGUGGAAGAGAGCAGAUUGCGGCGUGGUUCAAAGGCUGUUUUUGUGCAAAAGAAUGGUUCAGUUGAAGCAGAAGAUGAACGAGACGCUUUAGGCUACGGACCUUCGUUAAUCGGAAUAAGUUAA